CGCGAAAGGGGCAGAACUUCCGGCCUGUUUCCGUGGUAAGGAGGUGAGGCGCAAGGAGCUUUGUCAAAAGACAAGAAGAGUUCUCCUUUUGGUUUCCCACCAUUGGCCCCAUGGCUGCCAUGCAGAUGGAUCCUGACCUAGCCAAGCAACUUUUCUUUGAAGGGGCCACUGUGGUCAUCCUGAAUAUGCCCAAGGGGACAGAAUUUGGCAUUGACUAUAAUUCCUGGGAGGUAGGGCCCAAGUUCCGGGGUGUGAAGAUGAUCCCGCCGGGCAUUCACUUUCUUCACUAUAGUUCUGUGGACAAAGCCAAUCCCAGGGAUGUGGGUCCUCGUAUGGGCUUCUUCCUUAGCUUGCAGCAGCGAGGGCUGACAGUCCUGCGCUGGAAUGCUCUCCAGGAAGAGGUAGACUUGUCCCCAGCCCCAAAGGCUGAAGUGGAAGCUAUGAGGGCCAAUCUCCAGGAGCUGGACCCGUUUCUGGGACCGUACCCAUAUGCCACACUCAAGAAAUGGAUCUCACUCACCAACUUUGUCAGUGAGGCCACAAUGGAGAGGCUGCAGCCUGAAAGCCGGCAGAUCUGUGCCUUCUCAGAUGUGCUGCCGGUACUCUCCAUGAAGUACACCAAGGACCGGGUGGGGCAGAAUCUACCCCAGUGUGGCACCGAGUGCAAAAGUUAUCAAGAGGGCCUAGCCCGGCUGCCUGAGAUGAAGCCCAGAGCUGGGACAGAGAUCCGCUUCUCAGAGCUACCCACACAGAUGUUCCCAGUAGGUGCCACACCAGCAGAGAUAACAAGGCACAGCAUGGACUUGAGCUAUGCACUGGAGACUGUACUCAGCAAGCAGUUCCCCACCAACCCCCAGGAUGUGCUUGGUGAACUCCAGUUUGCCUUUGUGUGUUUCUUGCUGGGCAAUGUGUAUGAGGCGUUUGAGCACUGGAAGCGGCUCCUAAACCUUCUGUGCCGGUCAGAAGCAGCCAUGGUGAAGCACCAUACCCUGUACAUCAGCCUCAUCUCCAUCCUGUACCACCAGCUUGGUGAGAUCCCAGCUGACUUCUUUGUGGACAUUGUCUCCCAAGACAACUUCCUCACCAGCACCUUACAGGUUUUCUUUUCUUCAGCCAGCAGCAUUGCGGUGGAUCCCACCCUGAGGAAGAAAGCUGAAAAGUUCCAAGCCCACCUGACCAAGAAGUUUCGGUGGGACUUUGCCUCAGAGCCUGAGGACUGUGCCCCGGUGGUGGUGGAGCUCCCCGAGGGCAUCGAGACUGGCUAACUGCGAACACGGGAGCUGUGAGAGCCCCCUUCCCACAUGAAUGCAGUCUUGACCUCUCCAUUCACCUUGUCUUUUCCUGGAACCCUCCAGGGCAACAGUCCUGCCAGGUUCUGAAAGAUGGAGCCAGAAUUCCCUCCUUCACCAGUAAAUAAAAUACUUUAUUGUAAAAGAGGCUAUACCCAUCCUAAAAGCACAUUUGUGGGUUCUGUGUCAGCCCAGUCCUGGCUAAGCUGACAAGCUCUUACAGAAGCUCCUGGGAGAGACCUGCCUCAGUAGCAGCGUCAUUCCUUCUCGUGAGAAGUGAAACUGAAAGUCCAAGAGAACUGAUCUCUUGACCUAUAGGAUAAUUAGAAAACAAGAAACCUUAGAUCGCCUUGAGAGUCUGAGAUAUCAGUGGAUGACUUUUUGAAGUUAAAUAUAGGCUCAUAGGAGAAAUGAGCUGCAAUUUCUGCCUGCCCCUGCUUGAAUGGGAGUCCGUGACAAAAAACAGUAGUGAGCCUGGACUGGGAAGUGGGUAACAAAGAAGACAGAUUGGGUCAGUGUUAGCUUUCUCCGCCUAAAUCCCAUGGUCUUGUCCAGAGGCUCCAGUGGUUAAUCUCCCAAACCUGGAGUGGCCCUUGGCCUCAGGGAUCCCGGUGCUAUCAUUUACCAUCUAUUGCACUCCAAAGCCUCAGACUCAGGCAGGCUUGGUACCCUCUUUGUGCCCCGAUUCCUCACAAGAGCUACCAUGACUGUUUCUGAUGACUUGGAAAUACAACAAUAAAACGAAAAGUUCUUGUCCGAAGAAGGCUUCUUAGGCCCUAUUGAAGUUUGUGCCUUCUGAGCUCUGGAAAUGACCUGGUCAGCCUGAAUCUUCCCAGCCCUCCUGUGGAGCUGUCUGUCGUCAGAAUGAGGGUGCUUCUGCUUUCCUGGGAGUCUUGAGGGCAUGCCUGUUGUGCUGUGUGGGCAGAGUUCCAUCUCUAGAUGGAUACACAGGCCCUCCACACUGACCUCGGAUCGUUUGUUGUACUCUUAAGUCCUGGUGCCAUUGUCUCCUAAAGCUGGGGCUCACAGCAGGUUUCUGAAUAGAAUCCCUGCUGGUUAAGACUUCAGUUUCUCUUGUUUCCUUGGAGAUGUUUUUCCAAGAGCAUAAUGUACAUUAAAGUCUUUGAAUUGAGACUAAUCCUCUUGUGUGAGACUCUUGUAGUUACUCUGCCCAGUUUUCUGAGCCAGGCCACUUACAGUUUUUUAAGCCGGGUCCAUUUGUACACAUCUCUCUGCAGAGCACCCAGGAGACACUGCCCAGCCCUGCAGUCUCUGGAGGAGACAGGCAGCCGGCAUUACCUAUUCCCUGUAGGCGUUAGAGACAGGCACACUCUGUAACUUUAUAAUAAACCUUUAGUUUCAC